AUGGCAAGCCAAGACGCCGAGUACCCAGCCGGCGUCUCGGACGCGCGCCUCGCCGCGUGCCAGCAGGACGUCCUCAAGAUGGUCGAGCUCGCGGCGCAAGUCGCCGAGGGCCUCGCCGCGAACGUCGACCCGGAGGCGAUCGGCGCGCCGGAGGCGAACACGAUCAAGGAGGACGCGGCCAUGUUCCUGCGCCUCGCGGACGGCGUGCAGGAGACGAUGGCGCAGUCGAGGUGGCCCGUCGAGCACGCGUACGCGCGGUCCGCGGAGAACCUGCUGCUCCGGCGGCGGCUGGACGAGAUGGUCGAGGAGGCGCAGGACGAGCUCGGCCACGCGCUGCGGACGCACCUCGCGGCGGCGCUGCGCGACCAGGCGGCGAACGCGGCGCGGCCGCCCGAGGCGGGUGCCGAGGACGAGGAGGCGCAGCUCUGCCGCGCAAUGGAGCUGGUUCGAAAGUGCGAGGAGACGGCCGAAGCGGCGGGCGUGCGGGUCCCGCAGGCGACGACCGCCGCGGCGCCGCCGCCCGCGGCCGCGGCUCCGGCGCCGCCCGCGCCCGCGGCGCCGGUCGCGGCGCCUGUCGCGCCGGUGGUCGCGCCGCCACCCGCGCCGGUGGCGCAGAUGGACGUCGAGCCGGCGCCGGCAGCUGCAGCGCCGCGAUGGACGGGGCCGGAGAUCAACAAGAUGACGGUCCCGCGGCUGAAAGCGGCUCUGAAGGACCUCGGGCUGGCCACGGACGGGGUCAAAGCGGCGCUGAAGAAGCGCCUCAUCGACGCGAUGAGCCGGGCCAUGCUAGACGAUGACACAUAA